CUUUUUUUAUUUUAUCUACCCCCUUUACUUUUUUUUUUUUCCAAUAGUAAGCUAUGGAUUAUCUUGAUAUUGAUAUUGGAGGUCAAUUUGCAGCUUCUUCUAUACUUUACCGACUUUAUAUUGCAGCGACAGUGACUUUUGCAAUUGGUUUUGCUGGCUCUUUACGGACCCUCAAGAGCAAACAACAGUUACCAUAUCCUCAAACGAUUAUUUCUUUUACACUAGUGAAUGGGAUCAUUUUCCGUGCAAUAUCAUUGGCUUAUUUAAGUGAUUAUGAGAAUGACCGAUCACAUCUUCUUUCUCCGUACGAUUAUGCACGAAUCAUUUUUUUUACCAUCAGCAACUUAACCUUCCAUUUGAUCCCUGUUGUCACCGCACAUCGAUUAUAUGCAUUCAGGAACAAGUCUGUGGUCAGUGGAUUAUCCGGUGUGAUGGUCUUGAUCUCUUAUUUUUUUACAAUGGUGAUCGUUGCCUUGGUGAUCAGCAUGAUGGCUCUUGGCUCCACCAUUCCCUGGAAUUCAACUAUCAUGAACUCACUGGUAGGAAAUAAUACGACGGGAGACCUUGGUCAGCUGCCUACGUUUUUACACCUGAUGGAUGCCUCCAAUAUGGUUUAUUGGUGGUACGUGGUGGCGUACAUAGUCAUUUUAGUGGAACAUUAUGUUGAUUUUGGUUGGUCCUUCUUGGCUGUUUGUGUCUUGACCAUCAUCAGUCAAAUUGUCUUGACGAUCGCUUCCUUUUUACCACAGAUCAUGGUGUUUCCCAGUGGUUUUGAAAUCAAGAUGAUUCUCCAGUUUAUCUUUAUCUUCCAGUUUCCUUUUAUUGCCUUGAUGAUUGCUACUGCAAGAGGUUACCUUUGGCUUCCUCCUCCUUUGGAUCAUUUUGAUGAUGAUGAAGAACUAGAUGAUAUGGCGACUAGAUAGAUACCCCCUGCCUCUUUAUUGUAUUACCAUCAUCUGACCCGUCUUUUUGGAUUAUCUAUUAUCUUUGCCAUAUAGUUAUAGCUGUAUUUGUUUUAUAUUAUUUGUAUCUUAUUUUAAUAUUUUAAUAAAAAUAUAAUCAUUUUGAAAAA